AAUGCUUAAUUGAGUGUGAAACUAUUAAUUGAAUUCUAAGUUAAACAAUUAUUUUAAUAAUUAAAAUAAUGAAUAACUUAAAUUUAUUGCGAAAAACAAUAUCCAAAAACUUAAAUCUAUUGAGACAGAUUCGUCCAAUACAUGUGACAUCUGCACAAUCUACUAAGUCUGUUGCACCAAGAGAGUCUUUGAACGCUGAGUAAGUAUCUAAAGAAUUAAUAAUUAUUUGCAAUAAUUAGAUAACUAAUUUCAUUAUUUUGAUUAUGUUUGUUCUACAAAACAUUUAGGUAUAUUAUGACAUUACCUAUUUACUAUUUAGGGUUGAUCUCUGACUUUUGGAAUUGGGAAAAAAUUAUAAAGAUAACUUUUCUUUGAAUAUUAAGAUAAAUAAGGAAUCCAUGGAAACACUAUCUCAAUUUCUCUUGGCAUUUUGACUGAGGAAAAAUGUUAAAAAAUCUAAAAGCUUAAAUUAAAAUAAAAAUUUUUCUUGAUGUAUCUAAUAUAAUAUUUCAUCAUUAUAUGUGCAUGAAUCCUGGAAAAAAGUCUUACCACAAAAUUACUAAACGGAAAAAAAGUCCAGUUUGAUUUAUUGUUAUACAACCUACAGUAAUAAAAGGUAAGGCAGAUAGGAAAAUAAUAUGUGUUAGAAGGUAAGGUACAUACUCGGGUAUAUAUAUUAUGUCAACGGUACAUAUAGAAUCAUGAAAAGGUAUGAAUAUCAAAUUGAAAAAUAAAUAAAUUGUUAUUUCUAUUAGAAAUAUAGAAUGUUCAUUAGACUAUGGUUCUUCUUGUUGAAUCCGGUCAGGUUAAAAUGCCAAUAAUAGUCUUAAUAAUAUAUAGUUAAAUAAAAUAAUAAAUAAAUCGAUUUGGUACAUCUAAUGAAAAUCACAUAUUUGGUAACAUUCUUAAUGUUGUGCUGAAACUAGUGAGUAACCUCUAGAACACUUGUGUUUGUCAUUAUCAAAUCUUCUUUGGUGCAUAACAAAAGGUGUUUAUAGGUUUAUAAUUCUCCACAUUCAUAAGUUUCCUCUUCUUCAAAAAUCCUCAUUUUACCACAUUAGCUUUAGUCCUCACCACUCCAGAUCUUAAUCUAUUUAGGGUUUUCCAUAGUGGCCAUUGUAAAUGUCUGCCCAAUGGAAGUUGUUGUGUUGGCUGGAUCAGUUCUUUCAGAUAUAGCUCAUUUUCCCACCUUUGCAGCCUAACUUUGUGAGGUUCGUGUAGUUGUUUUGCUGUGUGUAUGAAGUUUCUUCAAGAAUUAAGUUUUGUACUCGUGAUUCUAUGUCCAAACAUAAGGUGUCUUCUGUCCUUUAUCUGUUUGGUUUUUUUCUAUAUCAGUGGUUAUGUGUCUUUUAAUUUUCAGUGGAACUAUGCCUGCUGGGAGGUAUAACUUGUAAGUAGACGUUAGCCUAAGAAAUUGCAUUGAUUCUACAAGUAUCUUAAGCUACCAUAAGCUGUCAACAUCAUACUAACAAUAUUUGCAAGUAGGAAAAACCAUUUUAGGCAUCUUGCUGGACAUGUGCAUCCAACCGUAUGAAAGUUAAUUUCUGUGUGAAAUCAAGAGUUAAAAAUAGAGCUAAAAUAACAUUGCAAGAACUAGGUUAAGGUAUUUCAACACCAAAAAGACACAAGUCUAGUAACACCAGUGAAAAACUGUUUAAAACCAGUUGCCCUAGAAUGACUUAUAAUGAAUGAAUUAAUUAAUUGAUUGAUAGUUGAAAAAUAGAUUAUGAAAAUUAAAUUAAACCAAACUUUUUUUCCAUUUAGUAAUUUUGAGGUUGAACUUCUUCUCCAAAAAAAAUUAAAUCAGUUUUUUUUCUGACUACCAUAUGUAUGUACAUGUAUUAUUUAUCUGACUAUUUAAUUGUUAAAAUGAAUUAUAUCCAAUAUACAAUUUAAACUUUUUGAACAACCUACAUACUCAUAAAUCAGUUUUUAUGCCUUUAAAAUCUACUCUUCUCCAUGACUUUGGGUGGAAGGACUGGAGAACAAGCACAGCCAAUUCAAAUAAAGUAUUGUGUUAUAUUUUGGAAGACUAAUUUGUGUUUAAUUAUUUGCAUGUGCUCAAGUAUAAACACUAUUUCCUGAAAUUACCUAGCGUUCUGUAGUACUUACCAGGCGAAUUGAUUCAUACUUAACGGUUCAGUCCUGGAGAAGAGUGAUUUUCACAAUAUUUUUAAAAAUUUUUUAACAAUUACUUUAUUCUAUUUUCAAAAGGGUUUCUUAUGUUAACUAUUAAAUCUAAUUUUUCUUAUUAAUUUAGUCUUCUUAAAAAAAAAAGCCCAUGCUACUUUUAAGUCAUCACAUAAUCCAUUCGACUAUCGUGAUUUUUUUUUGCUUCAUGCUUAAUUAUAAAUCGAUGUCUAAAAACUAUUCUAAGAAAUUUAUUGAUUAUACUGAAUCUCGUCUUUCAACUAAUAUUUAAUCUUUUUGAAAUUUGUUAGGAAUAGUAGCACGUUGCCCCUAUUACAGCCGGCCACUGUACAUAUAUUAUGUUUUAACAUAAUAAUAAUAAUGCUGGCGACAACGACAAUCGUGUAAAACAAUAUAAUAUAUUAAAAUAUUUUAUUAUUAUCGGCAAUUGGAUAAAGAUCAUAUCUUCCUAGGACACUGUAUAGAUAGCUAAUGCUAGUGUUUUGUAUUAAAUAUAGGGUUGAUUUUUUAAAUAUUAAGUGUAAGUGUUAAUUUUUUUAGCUAUGUAUUGGAUAUACACUAUGAUUUCCAUUAUCGUGAUCAGAUUCCAUUUAAUGCAUGGGAUAAAAAGGCUAACAUGAUUGCUGAUGUUGCUAUGGGAAUAGUUUUGGCGUUCGUUUUGUAUAAAUGCUACUCAGAACCAGAACAUUUAAUCGUAUGUAUUUUCAUCACAAUAUCAUUGAAUAUAAAAUAUAAUUUUACAAAAUAAUGAAAAAAAAAAAUAAAUUACAUGGGUAUAGCGGAUAAAAUGAGAGAAAAUAAAUCAAGGUAGUAUGUGCAAGUUGGAAAAAGAAAAAACUAUGAGAUAGUCAACAAGAUGUGUGAGUUGAGUGUAGAUGAAAUCUACAGGGAGAAAUAAUGGUAUGCAUACUGUGGAGUAAAUUAUUUACUCUCCACAUCACCCAUGGUAAUGAGUGGUAAGAUAUGAAGACCAAAAAUUUAAGUAGGAUAAAAGCAAAGAUAAAUGGGAAAAAAUAGAAAUUAAAUUGAUAAAAAUAAUUUAUUUAAUUUUAUGUUUGUGUAGGGAGAUUUUGAAUAUCCUGAUUCAUCAAAAUGGACAGAUGAGGAAUUGGGAGUGCCAUCAAUUGAAUAAUAACAAUAAAUAUAUUACCAUUUAUUAAAUGAUAUUUAGUUUAUAAUAUAUAUAUGUAUAUGUUUAAUGAUUAAAAAAUUUGAAUAGUUCAAGAAUAAAUAUCACAUUUUGCAUUAUAUAUUUGUAUUAUAUUAUUAUGAUUAAAUAUAGAGGUCUAAUAAAUAUUAAUAAUUAUAUAUAUAAAUCAUUGAAAGAUGUUAAGCUAUUCAUUUAAUUAAAAGCUCAUUUUUAUAAUAGUUAAUAACAGUAUGAACAAAUUGGAAAUGUGUCAAAUAGUAUAGGCCUUUUAACCACUUGAUAUGAUGAAUUUUAAUGAAAUUGGAUAAAAACUUCAUGUUUCAUACAUUUUUGCAGAUAAAUUACUAAUUAUAACUCAUAACCUGAAUACUAAACUUGUAUACUGUAGUUAAGUUAACCUAUGUUCUAUAUUCAAAAU